CCCACACAGACCAUAGAGUUCGUAAGCUUGGAAACCAAGAGACCAACCAACUUCUCUCCUUUCAAUCUCCCAACUCUCCCCCAGUCAUCUCGUUUUUCAAUCCUGAGAGAUGGCCUCCAGUUCUCUGAGCCUCCCUCGCACCUCAGACUCCUCCUGGACCCUGAGGGAGAACAAGAGGUUUGAGGAGGCCCUGGCGAAGUAUGACAAGGACACCCCUGACCGCUGGCACAAGGUGGCCCAGGCCGUCGGUAGUAAGUCGGUCCAAGAGGUGAAGCGCCACUAUGAACUGCUCAUCAGGGACAUCAAUUACAUCGAAACCAGCUACUGAUCUUAGGUGGAAGUAUCUAAAGCUCGAGUGAAGCAUAUGAAGCAAUAAAUAUAUCCGUAUGGAAUAGUAGGAAUGUUGUUCUUCACUGGAGUUCCAGAUAGAAGCAUAUUUGUAAGCCACCCUGUGUGGAUAAGUUAUCGCCGAUCUCAUAGCAGCCUGAUGUCUCUCUUAUGUUUUCACCUGCCCCUUUCAUCCUAUUGUAAUUCCACUGUAGGCUGAUAAGCCUGUCUGAUUACUAGGGUUUGUGUGCUUAUUAGUUAAUGAAAACUUGGUAUAAUUCCAUGUUCUAACCUCUCUGUUCUUCGAUAUAACGUGGCAAGUAGUGGAGCAAAUCUAUUUCAUUC